UUCUCGAUCCGUUUGAGUUUUGAAAUUAUUGUCAAAAAAGUUUUACUUUAAAAUAAUUCAAAACUAAAAAGCUUAGCAUAAUGAUAGAGGAAGUCAUGGAGUUGUUUCUCAUCACUGCUGUAGUCUAUUUUUGUGCCAAUUUGAAGAGGCCGCCUAAUGCUUGGGGAUACUUUCAUUGUGCCUGCCCGAUCGUUAUGGGUAUACUUUCUGCCGGAUUAAUUCACAUAAAUAAAUAG